GCUAGUCCCCUCUCUGCUUUAGCUGUCAAUGGCUUUCGGGACUAAUUUUAUUUGAAUGUCUGGGCGUCAUAAGUGACCAAUAAUGGAUAUUCUAUGGAUAUUAUGGACCAUACCGGUCGUAAUAGCUCUUGAAGAGACACUCAUGGACUCCACCACAGCCACGGCAGAGCUCGGCUGGACGGUCUACCCUGUCUCGGGGUCAAGUGACAACAGCUGGGAGGAGGUGAGCGGUUAUGAUGAAAACAUGAACACCAUCAGGACGUACCAAGUCUGUAAUGUUUUUGACAGCAACCAGAACAACUGGGUACGGACAAAAUACAUCCGGCGACGAGGUGCGCAACGGAUCCAUGUGGAGAUGAAAUUCUCAGUGAGGGACUGCAGUAGCAUCCCCAAUGUACCAGGCUCCUGUAAAGAGACUUUUAAUCUAUAUUACUAUGAGUCGGAUGCUGACACGGCCAACAGAAACUCUCCAGCAUGGAUGGAAAAUCCCUGGAUUAAGGUUGACACCAUUGCAGCAGAUGAGAGCUUCUCUCAGGUGGACCUUGGGGGCAGAGUGAUGAAGAUCAACACAGAAAUUCGAAGCUUUGGUCCUGUGUCACGAAAUGGCUUCUACUUGGCCUUUCAGGACUAUGGCGGCUGCAUGUCGCUCAUUGCUGUUCGGGUCUUCUACCGUAAGUGUCCUCGGAUCAUCACUAAUGGGGCAUUGUUCCAGGAGACGCUAUCGGGAGCAGAAAGCACCUCUUUGGUGGCCGCAAGAGGUGUUUGCAUCCCGAAUGCAGAGGAGGUGGAUGUGCCUAUUAAGCUCUACUGCAAUGGGGAUGGAGAAUGGAUGGUGCCCAUUGGGCGCUGUAUGUGCAAAGCUGGGCAUGAGGCUGUGGAAAAUGGAACCGUUUGUCGAGCCUGUCCAUCGGGAUUUUUCAAACCAACGCAAGGAGAUGAGCCCUGUAUGCAGUGUCCUAUUAACAGCCGUACCACCAAUGAAGGUGCCAUUAACUGCGUUUGCCGCAAUGGAUACUACCGUACUGACUCUGAUCCUCUCCAGAUGCCAUGCACAACUGUCCCCUCAGCCCCGCAGGGCGUGAUCUCCAGUGUCAAUGAAACCUCUGUGAUGCUGGAGUGGAUGCCUCCUCGAGAUACAGGGGGCCGCGAGGAUGUAGUCUUCAACAUCAUCUGCAAAAGCUGUGGUGGUGGGCGGGGAGGGUGCACCCGCUGUGGGGACAACGUACAGUUUUUACCCCGUCAGUUGGGCCUGACAGAAACCCGGGUCUACAUUAGUGACCUGUUGGCCCACACGCAAUACACUUUUGAGGUGCAGGCUGUCAACGGGGUGUCAGAUCAGAGCCCCUACUCCCCUCAGUACGCCUCAGUCAACAUUACCACUAACCAGGCUGCUCCAUCCACUGUAUCAAUAAUGCAUCAGGUCAGUCGUACUGUGGACAGCAUCACCCUCUCCUGGUCUCAGCCAGACCAGCCAAAUGGCAUCAUCCUGGACUAUGAACUACAGUAUUAUGAAAAGGACCAAUCAGAGUAUAACUCCACCACCAUCAGAAGUCAAACCAACACAGUGGUCAUCCGUGGCCUCAAGCCAGGAAGCAUAUACGUGUUCCAGGUCCGGGCCCGCACUGUGGCCGGGUUUGGACGCUACAGUGGCAAGCUGUACUUCCAGACCAUGACGGAGGAGGAAUACAACACAAGCAUUCAGGAGAAACUGCCUCUCAUCAUUGGCUCAGCUGCUGCAGGGUUGGUGUUCCUCAUUGCUGUGGUCGUCAUCAUUAUUGUUUGUAACCGCAGGCGUGGCUUUGACAGGGGCGAUUCUGAAUACACAGACAAACUGCAGCACUACACCAGCGGCCACAUGACUCCAGGAAUGAAGAUCUACAUUGAUCCAUUCACAUAUGAGGACCCCAAUGAGGCUGUGAGGGAGUUUGCCAAGGAGAUUGAUAUAUCCUGCGUGAAGAUUGAACAGGUCAUUGGUGCAGGAGAAUUUGGGGAAGUUUGCAGUGGCAACCUCAAGCUCCCAGGUAAAAGGGAAAUGUUUGUGGCCAUAAAGACCCUGAAAUCAGGCUACACAGAGAAGCAAAGACGGGAUUUCCUGAGCGAAGCAAGCAUCAUGGGCCAAUUUGACCAUCCUAACGUUAUUCAUCUGGAAGGCGUGGUUACCAAGAGCAGUCCUGUCAUGAUCAUCACCGAGUUCAUGGAGAAUGGGUCUCUUGACACUUUCCUCAGACAAAACGAUGGCCAGUUCACCGUGAUCCAGCUUGUUGGUAUGCUACGUGGCAUCGCUUCAGGCAUGAAGUACCUUGCAGACAUGAAUUAUGUGCACCGUGACCUUGCGGCCCGAAACAUCCUGGUCAACAGUAACCUUGUGUGCAAAGUGUCAGACUUUGGCCUCUCUCGCUUCCUGGAAGAUGAUACAUCAGAUCCCACUUACACGAGUGCUCUGGGAGGGAAGAUCCCUAUCCGAUGGACUGCGCCCGAAGCUAUCCAGUACAGGAAGUUCACCUCUGCCAGUGAUGUGUGGAGCUAUGGGAUUGUCAUGUGGGAGGUCAUGUCCUAUGGAGAAAGGCCUUACUGGGACAUGACCAAUCAAGAUGUCAUCAAUGCCAUAGAGCAGGACUAUCGACUACCCCCACCCAUGGACUGUCCCAGUGCGCUGCACCAGCUUAUGCUGGACUGCUGGCAGAAGGACCGCAACAACCGGCCCAAGUUCAGCCAGAUUGUUAACAACCUUGACAAGAUGAUCCGCAAUCCCAACACGCUGAAGGCCAUGACCCCUCUAACUUCAGGUGUUCAUCUCCCUCUCUUGGACCGCAGUAUCCCAGACUUCUCCACCUUCAGCACUGUGGAUGAGUGGUUGGAUGCCAUCAAGAUGGGCCAGUACAAAGACAACUUUGCCAAUUCUGACUUUUCUACAUUUGAUGUAGUGUCUCAGAUGACCAUGGAUGACAUCCUGAGGGUUGGUGUGACAUUAGCAGGACAUCAAAAGAAGAUCCUCAACAGUGUCCAGAUGAUGCGGGCACAGAUGAACCAGAUCCAGUCUGUGGAGGUUUGACCCUCCUGAGUGGAUCAGAGAAAAAAAUAAAGCCGGUUUGGGAUGCUGGGCUCUGGGAAUGGAGGAAGGAGUGGAUUUUUCUUUCUUUUUUUUUUUCUUUUUCUUUUUUUUUUCUUGUUUUCAAGUGACAGUGUAUCUGGUCUUCCCACCAGGCUACCAUCAGGUCCAUUCUCCUCUCCAAUGCCCUCUCUCCUCUUCUCCCUCCACCCCAACUCUCCCUCCAAGCUUGGGAUCAGCUGUGGGGAGCUGUGACAACAGAAGUCCACACGAUGAAGAUCCAGGCAGCCCACAGCCAAACCCACCUUUAGAACCAGAAACAUGGGAGGUUAGAAGUGACCAGCAACUAAUUUUUCAAUCUUUCACCAAUUUUCAUUUGAUGUUGAACAUUUAUCUUUCUUUUUUUUUUUUUUUUUUUUGCUUGUCCUGAUAAUUUUGUAAAGAAUUUUUUAAAAGAAAAAAAAAGAAGAAAAACUGGUAAGGAAAGGAGUUUAUCUAAAUUUAUAGAUGAUAUAAGGUUGUACACUAGAUGAACUGAGUAGGAAAGCUACCCUUUAAAAGGGCAAAAAAAAAAAGGAGAGUUGAGGAGAACAACCUCAACAAGGUGUGGAUAUUGUCUUUGCUUUUGAUUUUGGACAUCAUGUGGAAACACGGAGUUCUCUGUGACCUCCUGAAAGGCAAACCGUGAGGAAACCGGGGGGAACCCGACACACGCGUCCAACUGGUUUCACCAGUAACAUAAUGAAACAAAAAUCCAUGAAAUGGACAACUUGUGGCAAAGGCUGAUGUCAAACCCACAUUCUAUCAGACUUACAAUUCAUGCAGUGAAAUCAACCCUAAAGAGAAGGGAAAAAAGCCUUUUUUUCUCACUGUAAGGAAUUUUCUAUAUUGUUGGACAUUUUGUGACAAAACGUCCCUCUCACUAUGCUUCCCCUCACAAAAGACCUUUCUUUCACCGUGAAAUAUUCAUAGCCUGCCAAAUAAAACUCUUCCCUUUCACACUCUCGUCUUGAUCCUGUACUGUACAUAUCAGAUGCACUUGACCUGCCGUUACAUGAUGACUCAGAGAAGGUUUUUCAAGUUGUUCAGUUCAGGCGCAGAAGAACUGAAAACAGGGAGGAAUAUGAGUUGUUGUCACCAUUAGCUGCUUUGUGUAAUGAAGAAAAAAAAAGCUUCUGUAAAAAACAGCAAAACUUACUUCCAGCAGAGAUUCUCACAGGAAGAAAUCUACUCUUUACAUUAGACUCACCAUACAUACAGUAGGUCCUGUUAUAGCAUCCUCCUUCAUCUCCAGUGCCGUCUGUGCAUACAUGCAAAUGUUGCACACACACAUUUCACAUGCACAAAGAAGCAGUGGCUCCCCAAGUGUCGGAACUUGUGUUUGAUAGCAUGCUGAGUGAGUGGUUAAUUUCACAGUGCUUUGAUUUGCUCCAGUUACUAGAACUCUGUUUGGUAAUAGCUUGGAUGUGACAUACUUGCAUUAUAUUAAGUACUCUUCCAGUUUUCCUUUUGAGAAGAUAUUUUAUGGUUAAAAGUGUUUUGAUACCACACAGUUGUUUCACCCUCACACAGAUUCAUGAAUAGAAUACAGUCAGACAUUUGUUAAA